CUGUGAGUAUAACUGUGUGACUGUAAAAUGGCGCUGCCAGCUAAGCACAUAUGAUCUGACAUGGAGGCCAUCAUUGCAGUCAACUCCACACAGGACGAGCUCCCACCCGACGAUGACCCCCUUAACAAUGCUUUCCUCGAAUACGACCCUAACACUGGUGUCGCUCCCUCAGCUCUUCCUACACUGGCAUUUGAAGGAGUGAAUUUCUUAGAGGACCCCAUCAGCCUACCAAGUGUACAGGUGGUGUUGAUCCUGGCCUACAGUACCAUUAUUGUGCUGGGAGUUCUGGGUAAUUCUCUUGUCAUCUAUGUCAUCUACCGCUUCAAGACGCUCCGCACUGUCACCAACUUCUUCAUUGCUAAUUUGGCUGUUGCCGACCUGUUGGUCAACACUCUGUGCCUCCCCUUCACCCUCGUCUACACCCUGCAGGGUGAGUGGAAAUUCGGUAGCACCCUUUGCUUCCUGCUGCCCUACGCCCAGGGGCUCACCGUGCAUGUCUCCACUGUGACGCUCAACGUCAUCGCACUGGACCGCCACAGGUGUAUCGUGUACCACCUGGAGACCAGGAUGCGUAAGGACGUGUGUUUUACAGUGAUAGCAUUGACAUGGGUGCUGAGUGCCAUCCUGGCUAGCCCUCUUGCCAUCUUCAGAGAGUACGGCUCUUUCACACUGGAGCCCGGACAUACCAUACAGGCGUGUAUGGAGAAAUGGCCCGGGACAAACACAGAUGGCACCAUCUACAGCAUCUCCAUGCUUAUCCUGCAGUAUUUCCUCCCCCUGUCCAUCAUCUCCUUUGCCUACGCCCGCAUCUGGUCCAAAUUGCGUGGUCAUGUCAGUCCAGCAGAGAGUGGUGUCAACAGCAGCGUCGCCUCCGAACGCCACCGCCGGCGCCGCAAAACCACCAAGAUGCUAGUGACCAUGGUGGUGGUGUUUGCCGUGAGCUGGCUUCCCUUCCACGCCUUCCAGCUGGCCACCGAUAUUGACAGCGCGGUGCUGGACAUGCGGGACUUCCGCCUGCUCUACACCGUCUUCCACGUGAUUGCCAUGUGCUCCACCUUUGCAAACCCGCUACUUUACGGCUGGAUGAACCGCAACUACCGCGCUGCCUUUCUCGCUGUCUUUAAAUGUCGCAGCGGCGGCGAGAGGGAAAGGGGCGGCCGACUGGACAGCAUUCACCCCGCUGGGGGAGGGGGAGGAGGGGGAGGCAGAAGGGCGAAGAAGAUAGUCCUUGAAACGCAGGAUGUGGUGUCUACACGCCUCAACGCCACUGAUGUGUGAGAUGCCGAGGAGGGAGGGAGGAGAGGAAGACAUGGAAGAGAAAGGAAGGAAAAGAAUAUUCUUUUGUCUCCCAGAGGACAAACGAUUGCGCAUGGAGACAGAAGAAAAGAAGACCUAGAGAUGUGUGAGAAAAUAGAAAUGGCACGAGUGAGAGGGAGCCGAUGGGGGGAUUAAAGAGACCAAAUAUAGAGGAGAAGGCGGGGAUGAUUGGGGAUUAGAAGAGGAAGAAUGACAGGAGAAACGAUGAAGAGCUGCUGAAUGACUCAAAGUCUUCUUAAACAACUGAAACUGCAUCUUUCUGAGGACAUGACCUUGCUGUGAUGGAAAAUUCCCACACUGUAAAGACGUGCUUUGAGGGUGAAAUUGUGUUUGAAGGAUCUGUGACACUUAAAAAAAAGCGGGCAGGCCUGUAUGGAGACGAGAUUAAGUAGGCACAUUUUUAUGGACAAAAUAAAAAAAUGACCAAAAGAAAUGGACUUUAAAAUCUAGUCAGCACAGGGCUUUUUCUCCAUCUUCAAUCCACAGAUGAAACAUGUAACUCAAAAAUGUA